AUGGAGACGAUAAUGGAAGUGGACGAAGAAGAUCACUCGAACGUUCCUGGCGAAGUGGUGACCGGCGAUUUGAAUGGGAAAGAUGACGCUAGCAACCACAAUAUCCAGAACCCUAAAGCUCUCUCGGCCGAAGAGAAAGACGACGGCUCCGGUGGCGACUCCAGUUCGGAAUCUGACGACGAUGAAGAUGAUUCCCAGCUUGCUGAGCAGCUGAAACAGUUGGAAUCUGAACUGGAGGCCAAUCCGUCUAACUACGAUGCUCAUGUUGAAUGCAUUAAGCUGCUAAGGAGAAUGGGGGAGCUGGAGAAGCUGAGGCAGGCAAGGGAAGCUAUGAACGCAUUGUUCCCGUUGACACCUUCUAUGUGGCAAGAAUGGGCCAAAGAUGAAGCUUCUCUUUCCUCUGGACCGGAGUCUGUGGCGGCUAUUGAGAAAUUGUACGAGCGAGGAGUCUUUGACUAUUUGUCUGUCUCACUAUGGUGUGACUACUUGAGCUACAUUCAAGAAUCCGAUCAUUCUGUUCGAGAGUGUUCUCCUGAUGGGAUCUCAAAGGCCAGAAAUGUCUUUGAGCGUGCACUAACUGCCGGUGGACUACACAUUGCGGAAGGGAAUAAGAUAUGGGAGGCAUACAGGGAAUUCGAGGAGGCUAUCAUCUAUACAAUUGAUGACAAAGACAGUAAGGCCAAAGAAUCGCAGGUCCAGCGAGUCAGAAUUUUGUUCCACCGACAAUUGUCUGUACCUCUUGUUAAUUUGGAAUCUACACUUCUAGAUUACAAAGCAUGGGAAGUGGAACAGGGGAGUACUCUUAAUGCUGAGUCAAGUGAUUUGGAUGGUGUUCCUACUCAUGUUGUAUCAGCAUACCGAAAGGCCAUGGAAAUUUAUAAGGCUCGUGUUGGACUUGAGGAGCAAAUUUUUAAGAAGGGCAUCUCUCAAGAAGAAAAGUUGCAACAUUUUAUGAAUUACCUGACAUUUGAAAAAUCAUUUGGCGAUCCAGCACGUGUCCAGGUUCUGUUUGAACGUGCUUUAGCUGAGUUUCCCGUGUCAAGUGACCUUUGGCUUGAUUACGUGCGGUAUAUGGACAGGACAUUAAAGGUUGGCAAUGUUGUAAGAGAUGUUUACACAAGGGCCUCCAAGAAUUGCCCUUGGGUUGGAGAACUUUGGGUUCGUUACUUACUCGCCCUGGAACGUGGUCGUGCACCUGAAGAAGACAUAUCUGCUGUCUUCGAGAGAGCCUUGCAGUGUACCUUUUCAACACUGGAAGAGUACCUUGAUUUAUUCCUCACACGAGUGGACGGUUUGAGGCGAAGAAUUCUGUUUGGUAGCGGCGAAGAUGGCGUCUUAGAUUUCUCCUUAAUAAGAAAAACCUUUCAGUAUGCAUCAGACUACUUAUCACCACAACUAAAGAACACCGAUAGUUUGUUGCGCCUCCAUGCUUAUUGGGCCCGCCUAGAAGUAAAUCUGGGGAAAGAUUUAGUGGCAGCACGAGGUGUUUGGGAGAGUUUGCUUAAGACCUGUGGGUCGAUGUUGGAAGCUUGGCAAGGUUACAUUACAAUGGAAACUGAGUUGGGUCAUAUUGGUGAAGCUAGAUCAAUCUAUAAGCGAUGCUACGGCAAAAGAUUAGCUGGAACGGGAUCAGAAGACAUCUGUCAUUCUUGGCUGCGGUUUGAGAGGGAAUUUGGAACGCUUGAAGAUUUUGAUCUUGCUGUGCAAAAGGUGACACCUCGACUGGAAGAGCUGCAGCUAUACAAGAUGCAGCAAGACUUACAAUCCUCUGCUGCAACAAUAGGGCAGAAAGAGAAUCCUGUUCCUAAGAAUGUCCGCGAGAAGAGGAAAGGAAGUUCAAACAUCACUGAUGAACAGUCUCCAGCAAAGCGUAAAAAGAUGGCUACUCAAACCCAGAAGAAAGAACAGGACAACGCUCAACAUCAAGACCCUGAUCAAGCUCAUGGAGAUAAAACAAAAGAGCUCAAGAAUGUCAGCGGAAAGACUGACCAUGAAGCUGGGAGAACAGUGACAGACUCUAGCAGUGGAAAAGCUAAAGUAUAUACGGAUGAGUGCACCAUAUUUGUAUCCAAUAUAAAUCUCAAGGCCAGCUCAGAAGAUCUGCGUAAAUUCUUUGCCGACGUUGGGGGGAUCUCUUCCAUUCGAAUAUUACAUGACAAGUUUACUGGAAAGUCGAGGGGCCUGGCAUAUGUAGACUUUUUAGACGAUGAGCAUCUUGCUAAAGCCAUAGCAAAGAACAAGCAAACACUACUUGGGAAGAGACUGAGCAUUGCACGGUCUAAUCCAAAAAAGGGCAAGAAAGGCGAUCGAGGUGCUCCAAAAGGCGCUCGCGAUACUGAUGGAGGAAAGAAGGAUGGGGAAUCUGAGCCUACAAGGAGCGGAACCUCAGAUGACUCGAGAACGUCCCAAAUAUCACGCCCUGAAGGGAGUCGUAAGCCGGCUGAGGAUGUCGUGCUCAAGGGUAAGAACACGUUUGCAGUCCCGAGAAACAUGGUUAAACCGCUUGGUUGGACCGAUCGACAGCCCAAACCACCUGCAGAAGAUGGAGACGAGCAGCCCAAGUCAAACGACGAGUUCAGGAAAAUGUUCAUCAAGAGUUGA